UUCAAACUAAUUUCCUUUUGUAGUUAGUUCUUAAUAGCUAGCUGCAAGUGUUUAUCUCUGUGGGGGCAUGAAUCUGGGACCUAAUAAUUAAUAACCAAGUCCUGGAUUUAUUUUUGGACCCACUUAGGAAUACUGCAGUUAAUACAAACUUAGAUUUGAUCAAGAUAACUAGGAUCUGGACCAUGUUUGAUUUGAUCAGGAUUAACUUUGUUUGAUGCAGUAGAGGGGGAAAGAUUCUUGAACUUAGCUGAGUGAUAGUUGUUUCUGUACUCGCUCUUUUGUGUGUGUGUGAGAGAGAGAGAGAGAGAGAGAGAGAGAGAGAAAGUUAAAGCUUUGUGGAGAGAAAAUGAGAUCUAUAGAUGAUAAGGGGUGCUACAACCAUGGACCGAUUCAAGAGAUUUCAAGUAGCAGUGCUAUUAGUUUUGAGUUUCAUAAAGGAAAUGGAGCUAACCGCAGUAGUUCUCAUCAUCGAACAGCCUUAGGCAAACCAACACCAUCAAAAUGGGAUGAUGCACAGAAAUGGCUAGUGGGGUUGUCAAGAGGGGGAGAGAAAAACCAAUCCAAAUCCAAGCCACGCAACUCAAAUGCUGAUGACAGGAGACUAAUAGCUCCUGUUCCACAAAAGGAACAAGACUACUCGAGUGAUGAAGAUGAAGGGGAAGAAAAACGAAAUGGAUGCUUAGUUGCAGUGGCGACUCAAUAUGAAGCGGAAACAAAGAACGUAGACUGUGAUGAAUCAGUAUGGCGAAUCAAUAAGCCCGUGGAAAAUUCAACUUCAACUAUUAGAUCAAUAUGUGUGAGAGACAUGGGGACUGAAAUGACACCUAUUGCAAGCCUGGAGCCUUCAAGAACAGCUACACCUAUUAGAGCUACAACUCCUGCGGUGAGGAGCCCCAUAGCUUCAGGAUCCUCAACUCCAGUUAGGUUUCAACACGGAGUGCAGAGUACUGAGGGGUAUCAGACUGGUCUAACAUCAACAGAGAACAGAGGUGAGGCCAACUCUGCUGGCAGGGGGACUGAUGCCACCAGACGGUGUGGAGAUGAAUAUGACCCUUGCAGAAUAGCUGAGAACAAUAAUUCUGAUCAAGUUACAAAGCUGAACAAUUUAGACGCCCAGGCAGUGGCUUGGGAUGAGGCAGAACGUGCUAAGUACAUGGCAAGGUAUAAGCGGGAAGAGGUGAACAUACAAGCAUGGGAAAAUCAUCAAAAGAGGAAAGCCGAAAUGGAAAUGAAGAAAAUGGAGGUGAAGGCGGAGAGAUUGAAAGCACGGGCACAAGAGAGGGUGGCAAACAAACUUGCGGCUACCAGGAGAAUAGCGGAGGAAAAGCGUGCGAAUGCAGAAGCCAAAUGAAUGAGAAAGCUGUAGGACCUCUGAGAAUGCAGACUACAUAAGGAGAACUGGUCAUCUGCCCUAUCAUUUUCUUUCAAGUUGCCUUCCCUUUGUUGGUAGCAACUCUGCAAUAGCCAAUAAUUGUUGUUCCACGACUACCUUUUUUUUUUUUUGUCAUU